AUGCCCGCCUUCCAGGCGAUCAAUCUUGAACCCGAAGAAAACGAAGAUGAGCAAAUCGACACAACGAAGGAACUGCAUGUCGACAAAGCUCUGCAACGGUUCCAGGCUGCCCUCAAACUCCAUGCUCAGGGCCUGAAGUCGCGAGACGCCGCCGAUGCUGCAUAUCAAGAACUCUUCAAAUGCGAGAUAUUCGAAUACCGCGAAGCAAAGACCGACUAUGAACGGGCGGAGCGACAAGCAGAUGGCCGACCUGAAGCUUCUUCUGUCGACUCCUUCUCAUCCGCCUUGGGCAUGGAUGCCGGCGGAGCGGAUGGAGUUGCAGCAAGUCUCGCCCAAGCCUUGUACAUGUCUUACAAGAACUAUGGUCAGUUUUUCUUGGACAAGUUGAAAGACAAGUGUGAGGCAGACCCAGAAUGGGAUAAGAAAUUACGCAUCAAGUACUGGGCCGACAAUAGUGACAAAGUCCUUGACAACUGGACAGCCGCCCUUGACCAAGACCCGUCAGAUCCAGAACUCUGGAGAAAGAUGGCCCGUUUCGCAAGUUCUUUGAAUUCUGGUCGUGUGAAGCGAUAUUGCCUGGAGUCCGCGAUCGAACUUGACGAUGAUCCUGCUAUCAUGGAGGUUAAUCCUCCGUCUCUCGCAGAAGGCUUUGCUGGCCAACAACUAAAGGAGUACCUACAAGUUCUUGAUGAUGACAUGGCGCUAUCGCAUCCCAUUAUGGCGCCUUGGUUGAAGAGAGAAAUGCCUGCUCUGUUAAAACGUCACUUAGACCCGAUUCCGUUUCUCCCUGACCCCGUUGCCGUUUUGACCCCCCCACCUUCCAGCCCCGAAGUCGACGAGGCUGCCGACGAUCCAAAUAGUGAACAGGCCCUCUCCCCCACGCAUGCGACCGAAUCUUCGAUCGAGCCGGUCAAGUCUUGGUCAGAGCUCGGAAUAGAACUGAUGAAGUGUAUUCAAGAUACCAGGGGAGCUUUGAAAGCUUGCCGCUCAGUUCUGGAUGCGGCGCAAGAGGAUGUCAAGAUGGUUACGGAAGCUGAAGUUGAACCUGUAAUUGCACCCGAGCCGGAACCAGAGGCAGAGAAAAAACCAGAGCCCAAACCCAAGACUGAAGAAAAAGUCAAACCGACUGUUGAAGGACCCCCCGUAGUACGAAGAUCAACUAGACAAGGCUCUAGAGCCAACACCAAGGCUAAACCGGACACAAAAGAGGACAAUCCUCCUAACCCGCCAAAAGAAGUGCCGAAGGAGCUUCCAAAGGAACCUGACCAAGAUCCGAAAGAAAGAUCUACCUCAGUUUCGACGCGAAAGCGGUCCCAAUCGGUCGCUGGGUUGCCCGAGGGCGUGGAUGAUGAAAACGCGGCCGAGAAGAGGAGCAAACGCGUCCGCCGACGCACAGAAACAGCUCUUACUGAAGAAACAACUGAUCCCGUCACCUUAAUCUCGGCACAAAUUCAGCCAUAUCAAGAAGCAGACCGCACUUUGUUCCAACUCACAAAGAAUAUACUAGAAAAUAUUGGGGUAGAGGAUCGCCUGACUUUAGAUUGCCUGCAGGAACUUUUCGACUCUUGCUCCACCGAAAGCAGACCUCCAAAGCUGAGCCACAAAUGCGCGACAGAUCUACACGGAGUCAUCUCAACUUUCAAUGAAGACGUGGCGCAAGUUCUCCUGAACAAGAACGAGCAGGCCACGCUGGGCUUAUCAUCUUUUCUCGAACAUGCCAAAUCGGGCUCGCAGGACCAUGAUGACAUCCCUUCAUUUGCUGAGGCCCAGGGUCUCAGGAAGUUCGCAGAAAUGGUUGUAAAUGAAUCGGACUGGUUGACAAGUGACGACAUCGCAUUUGAAUGGGUUCGCGCUAUCAGUGCUAGUUAUUCGACUUCAAAAUGGUCUGAUACUAUGAAAGUUGCUGUUGUACAGAUGCUCAAUAGGGUCGACACGAUUUUGUAUACCCGAAUCAACCAUAUAUUAAAUGAGCCUUUCGUUUCUAGGGAAGAGUUGGUCGACCUCAACUCCAUACUACCUAUGAUUUUCGAGCUACACAUCGAUAUUUAUGAACGCAUUACGAACCCUAACAGCGCCGUCGAUUUUGCUACGCGGAUGGAAACCAAGUAUCGGCUUGAUAGGUGGCUUAACGCAACGUCAACUUAUCUCCACUUGCUAGAUUUGUCUCACAAAGACCCUCUUUGUGUCAGAUUCAUCUGGGCAUCGGUGAUGGUAUCAUCUCUAACCGAGAGCCCCGUUCGGGACCACAUUCUUCUCUUAUGGACUUCUCUUCGGGACUUCUUGGCUGCCGAGGACGUAGAGGAAAUCAUCUUGCCUAACAACGUUGUUAUGCCUGUGAUUUCUCCGGCUGCUGCAGAUCGAGAACUUUCGAAAUUGAAUACGAUGGACUUCUUUUUGGGUCUUUUCCAGGAUGAAAUGAAAGAUCCGUUAUUAGUCAUUGAGACACUUGAACCCGUCCUAAAUCCAACUUCAGUCUAUGUAUCUGAACAGAAGUCAAGUAGUUUGGCGGCAGAGAAAGUGGAUGACGACGAAACACCCAAUGACAUGGAUAAACACGACGCAAUCAACAUUCGCAGCAAGGCCGAUGAAGAUCAAAACGAUAAAAAGAGCGAUGAUGCGGUACCGGAGGACGAUAAACAGAACAAGAGUGAACAGGAUAGCAGUGGAAGGGAUGAUGUAUCGGACGGCUCCGAAGAUUUAAGUAUCAACCGAAAGCCAAUAUCGGAGAAUGCUACCCAGGGCAUGAAAGACGUGUGGAAAUUCCUUACCAGCAGUAGUACAGAGUUACGACUUUUCUUGUGGUCGCGUUUGGGCGAUGCGUACGAAGCUAUUAACUAUCCCACGAAGCGGUUUUCAUGUCUUCUCAAAAGUAUUGAAAUGGUGGUCAACGACCUAGAAGGGGAGACGUAUGCCAAGAUGCCAGAUGAUUCACGGAAACACCUGUUUAUGCGAACUCUGAAAUCUUUGGAUGAACUUGUUAUUCAGGCUCUGUCCAUGUCAUUGAACGAUGGCACAUCUUUUGAUAUCAUCGAUGACGAGCAUUUGAAAUCGAGCUCAGCCACCAUUGCGAAAAUAUGCUCAUUUCUUCACGUUGUUGCUCUUUGCGAAGACGAAUCUCGACUUGGCGUCACCAGCCUGGCUACGAGCAACAAUACAUUUGUGGCCCUAAUCAACAAAUUGCGAGAUAUUCAGGUCCGCGCCUGGUGCCUCCUGUUUACAAUGUUUAAAGCCGGACUAUCACAAAAGAAGACGGCUAUGCUGGAGAACGAUGUGGCGGACUAUCUCGCCGCCAUUCAUAGAGUUCUUGGUCUCCGCAAGUUCUGUAAGGCCUCAAACAAGAUCUUCCUCAAGGUGAUGCGCAUAGAACUCCUUAGGAUGAGGAAAAUUGAGGCUUGGGAAGAUCAUCUGGAACAAGUUCUUUAUGAUUUAUAUGGCUUGAAACUUGGCGUAGGCGUCUGGGAGGUGCAAGAUCAUGGCUGCCCAUAUGAGAAACUCGAGAAGAGACAGGCCAUGCAACUGGUUGAGAAGGUAAUGAUUCUUGCAAAUCGCAUGACGAUGAAAGAUUUGCUUAAAUCAGACCUGAAAACCACCAUUGAACACAUGCAGCAAACCAUUGGACAGACCAAAUCGACACCGCAGAUGAUUCAUAACCUACGUAACUUCACGGAAAUGCUGAAAAAGCCAAUUCAUCCGCUCAGACUAUACCAAGCUCUCGCCGGCAAAGUAUUUGUCGACGCAGUGACCGUCAACAUUCCAGAAGGCGCUCUUGCUAGACAUGGCUGGUUCUUCUUGUUGGGAAUGAUUGCUUUGACCAAGUUCAAAGGUGUAGAUUUAAACCGUCGGCAGACUCCUGGGGCUACAGAUGAUCUUCGAAUCGGAGCUACUUUUUUGAGAUUGCAACUACAAUUUACUGCUGACAGAUGGGAUGCCUGGUUUCGACUUGCAGAGUGUUUCGACUAUGAGCUAGAUGAAUCCGUUUUGUGGACAGCAGAUAAGAUGAACAAAGAUCGGUCGGAGCUGGUCAAAUUUCAGCGAAACGCAAUUCACUGUUAUACCCUAGCCCUGUCGCAUUCUCGACAUGAACGCGUAAUUGCUACAGAUAGCGAUCCGCUGCACGACCUAUACCACAAAUUCGGCAUGAGACUUUACUCCUCCAGUCGAGAGCCAUUUGCCAUGGAGCCCUUCCAGCAUUCGGAUCAAGAACGAUUCUUCAUUGAAGACAUGGGUGCCGGAACCUUCAAGAGGAUUCUGCACGAUCAAAUGUCACAGUACAAAGUUUGGAAGUUUGCCGCCGGGUUGUUUCGAAAAGCGAUGGCAAGGAAACCGCUUAACUGGAAGAAUCCGUACAUGCUUGGAAAAUGUCUCUGGAAAAUGUAUCAGACACCCCGGGAUCGCCUUGACAGCAGCGAUCAAAAAAGCCCCAUUACCAUGGCGAUGGUACUGGAUACGCUCAAAACAUCGAUUGAGGUAGCACAAAGCGCCAGGAAGAGUAAGAACAGCGACCCGAUUCUGGAGCCGCAUUAUAAGUUGGUCUCUAUCCUGCACAAACUCGUCGAUCGUGGGGAUAUUCCCGCAGCAGAAGCUGCAUCGCUUCUGGCGGAUCAGCCAUUUGGCAUUGUUGUAAAUUCGAAUGACCAUUUCGCGUCUUUCUCUGAACCGGAAGACUGGGAAGAGUACAUUAUCCGCAACUUGACUAAGCUUCGUGAAAAGGAUAAGUCCAACUGGCAACAUCGAAUCGUCAUGCGCCAUGCCAAGAUUCUCUUUGAUGAGAAGCACAUUGCGCCGGACAGCGACGGCACUGUAGAAGCCAAGGCCGCAUUUGCCAUCCUGAAGGAGAACAUGUUCACUAAAACAAUGGUAAUGAAUGUGUGGAAGUGUGACGCUGAGCGGCCUGGUCGUCACCACGUCUUUACUGAGCAAUAUGUUCGCUUCAUGACAAAGCUUCUGGUUAUCAUGUCGGACCGAACAAAUCUGGAGCUUCUUUUGAGACGACUUCGCAAAAAGGGUGCGGACUUUUACCAUUUUGCAGACUUAUGGCAGUAUAGCUGCACUGAGUACGUGAAGCUGUUGCGUGCAGCGUACAAGGUGCCAGUCACCACCGAUGAAGCAUUCAAGCACAUGUCGAAUGAGGAGUUUGAAAUUAUGAGCGAGAGGAUCACCGAUUGGGCUGGUGGUGAUGGAGCUCCAAAUACAGCCUUCGAAUGCAUGAAAGAGGCCAUUGAAGUCAAGAAGCUCAAUGGAAACCUAAUGAAGGUCGCACCAAUUGACGAUCUCAUCAACGAUUGUUACACGACAAUCUAUGUGGACGUUGCCGGAACUCUUCCAGGACUAGAGCCGGGGAGAAUCAUAGAGGAGCGCAACCACGCCAAGGAAGUCGCAGCUCAAUUAGAGGCCGUAGCCCAAGCUGAGCCGAAGCCAAAGAGCUCACUCAGUAAUCUCCUUAAUCCGCCAAGCGGAGGAGACAGUGCAGCUGGAUCCGCUACGCCAAUGGAGACCGAUAAAGCAGAGGCUAUUCCGCGCGCGAGGAGACUGGCCGGUGUGCGCCGGCCCGAGAUUUUACGGAAGGCAGAGCAAGCUGUCGUGCGUGCUAUGGAGGCACCAAAGUCUGUUACAACUAAGAGUCGGGUUGGAAGCAUGUCAAGCACGAAGCGUGGUAGUCAGACACCUGCUAGACAUGGUAGCAUGGUUCAUAAUGACGAUGAAUGUGUUGAGGGACCAGAUGCUCAGGUACGCCGAGAGGCUGGCGAAGAUGUUGACGAAGAAAUGGGUGAAGGAGAGGACAAUGAAGAAGCAGUCGAAGACGAAGAACAUGGUGACUCCCGAAUGGAGGACAAGGAUGAAGAAGACCAUCCUGGUAGUAUCCAUGAUUCUGCGGAUGAUGAGAGUGAUCUUAGUGACGUGCCGGAAGGGUAUGACGACGAUGUACCGCCCGGACUCUUGUUCCCCAAUCUUCGAAGGUCUGAGUCGGGUGGGGACGAAGCAGACAGCGAAGACGCGGAGGACGAUGAAGAGGAGCCCGACGAGGAGGAGGCGGAGGCGGAGGAAGCAGAGGAGGCGGAGGAAGCAGAGGAGGCGGAGGGUGACGAAAUUGAAGUUGGAGAAUUAGAGGCAGAAGGGGAGGAAGACGAAGGACAUGAGGGUGAGGAAAUAGAAGUUGAACAGGAGGUAGAUGAGGAAGAUCAUGACGAAGAGGAAGGCGAGCACGAAGAGGCUGAAGAGGAGGUAGAGGAGGAAGAGGAGGAAGAGGAAGGUAAUGAUGAUACGGAGAUGGCUGGUAUAGAAGAGGGUGAGGGUGAGGAGGGCGAAGAGGAGGAGGAUGAAGAGGAGGAUGAAGAGGAGGAGGAGGAGGCAGAGGAGGAGGCAGAGGAGGGUGACGAAGAAGUAGACGAGGAAGUAGACGAGGAAGCCGAGGAGGAAGAAGGCGACGCAGAAGAGGAAGAAGACGAAGACGGGAAUGAGGAGGAGGAAGCCGAAGAAGAAGAAGAGGCUGAGGAAGAAGACUAA